GGUACUUUUGGAGUCUUCGUGGCGUAGCUUGUUCAGCUGCUCGUCGAAGCGGCUGUCGGACGGUCGCAUCCUUGCGAGUCUGCGUACAAUGUAGCAGCCAUUUUUGUUCUGUUCAUAAUAGCGUGCGCAUAUUUUAAUGUAUUUAGAAGGAUAUUUAGGAAAUUUUUCAAGAUGACUAUUAUAGUCUUUUUAAUAGAUACUUCAGCUUCUAUGAAUCAAAGAGCUUAUUUGGGCGGACGCCCAACGUUGCUCGAUGUAGCCAAGGGCGCUGUGGAGACGUUCGUAAAGGUACGUCAGCGAUCUCCCGAAAGCAGAGGCGAUAGAUAUAUGCUUCUUACUUUCGAAGAGCCACCCGCGAACAUCAAGGCUGGUUGGAAAGAGAAUUUAGCAACUUUUAUCAAUGAAUUGAAGAACUUGCAGUGCCUUGGACUGACUACAAUGGGUGCUGCUUUGAAGCAUGCAUUUGAUGUCCUCAAUAUUAAUCGCAUGCAGACUGGCAUAGACACUUACGGGCAAGGGAGAUGCCCUUUUUAUUUGGAACCAUCAGUCAUAGUUGUGAUUACAGAUGGAGGAAAAUUGUCCAGUAAUGCUGGCAUCCAGGAGGAAUUUAAUCUUCCAAUGAACUGCCCAAUACCUGGUUCCGAGCUGACCAGAGAACCGUUCAGAUGGGACCAGAGGCUGUUCUCCCUUGUGCUGAGGUUGGCUGGGACACCAGCAGUGGAGAGGGAUUCUGGACUUGUUCCAUCUGAUUCGUCGCCCAUAGAUGCCAUGUGCGAGGUCACAGGAGGUCGAUCCUAUUGCAUCACAUCGCAUCGCAUGCUCAUGCAGUGCAUAGACAGCCUGGUGCAGAAGGUGCAGAGCGGCGUGGUGAUCAACUUCGAGAAGAUCGGCCCCGACCCGCCGCCCAUAGACGGUGGUAACAACAGGGACGGUGACCAGGACGACGUUAAUCCGGACGGUGACAAAGAUAUGGACGGCGAUGGUGAGAAGAAUGGGCGUUGGAACGGAGGGUCUUAUCAGACGGGCGUGCCGAACCAGGCGUCGACCGCGCCGCAAGCCUGGCACUCUUGCAGGCGGCUUAUCUACGUGCCGCGGACCGUGGCGCAGAAGGGCUUCGCUGUGGGAUUCUGGCCCAUACCUGAGUCGUUUCGACCUGAUCCCAACGCUCAAUUGUUGCCACCUCGUUCAGCGCAUCCUGUGGUGAAGUUUACUUGCACAAGCCAGGAGCCCAUGGUGAUAGACAACUUGCCUUUCGACAAGUACGAGCUGGAGCCGAGUCCCUUGACGCAGUUCAUACUGGCUAGGAAACAACCGACGAGCUGUUGGCAGGUGUUCGUAGCAAACAGUGGUUGCAAGAACAAUGAAGUGAGUCACCCGUUCGGUUACCUGAAGGCAUCAACCAACCUGACGUGCGUCAACCUGUUCGUGCUGCCCUACAACUACCCGGUGCUGCUGCCGUUGCUCGACGACCUAUUCAAGGUGCACCGCUGCAAGCCGACGCCCGAGUGGAAGCAGGCGUUCCAGGCGUACUUGGACAGGAUGCCCUCGUACUAUGUUACUCCUCUUCGUCGCGCGCUGACUAAGAUGGGUGCAUCGGCGCCGCUAGUCCAGAGUUUGAUACCCGACACUCAGGACAACUCUCUGAGUUUCUCCGUACUGAAUUACUUGAAAAGACUGAAGAACCAGGCCAAGAUUGAGUUUGACAAGUUGUGUGCUGACGUCAUCAAUAAAGCCUCCAGCGCCAACAGCCAAAAGGUGGCAGAAAGUGUCCGUGUGAUGCCUCGCUCACCGCUCAAGAAGGACCUCACGACGCACCCGUGCCUGCAGGACAAGUUCACUGCUCUGCGGGAUCAGUUGAACGAGUUCGGUGGGUUCGUGGUGGGACUGUCCCGUGGGAGGCACAAGAACCAAACGCACACCUACAGGAACCCCUUCGAUAUACAGAGGAGAGAUCUGUUGGAUCAGGUCGUACGAAUGCGUUCGAACUUCCUCCAGCCGAAUUUAUCUUACACUCGGCUGGUGGACGAGGACAGUGCGCACUCUAUGGCGGUGGCGCAGAUGGGCAACUACCAGGAGUAUCUCAAGCGGAUGACGCCUCAGUUGAGAGAGAUCGAGUCGCAGCCCGUCAGGCAGCACAUGUUCGGGAAUCCAUUCAAAAUCGACAAGAGGAUGAUGGUAGACGAAGCCGACAUAGACCCCCUAGGAGCAGUCCGGGGGAGCGGUGGAGGCGGCAUCGGCGGGAAACGGGGGUCAGAGACCCCCCGAGCGGCACCACCCAAACGGAAAGCGGGCCCCUUGCCUCAGCACGUGGUGGCGCGGAGGCCCUCAACACCACCAGUGCCGGCAAUAAUAACACUACACAUGCCUGCCACCUCGUCCGUGGUAUCCCCACCACCUACAGCGCCUUUGUCGCCUGUGAUGACGCGGCGACCUGCCUCCCCCCUCGCGCCCGUGCCUUCUGAUCUGCCGUCGGGGAGGCCUCCUGAGGAGCCUCCAAACGUGGAUACGGGCGGGCCCUCCACGCCGGUGUCGUCGCCGCAGCCCGUCGCGCCUACCAACCUCCCGCCUGUCAUCAAACCAUUUCUCAAUGGAGAUGCGUACACAACAAUGGGCAGCAAGAUGCCGCGCUCGCCGUCGCCGCCGGGCGAGGCGGCCGUGCCCGCGCCCGCGCCGCCCGCCGCCGACACGCAGGAGCUGCAGAUCAACGCCAUCCUGCAGGGCAUCGCGGCCGAGAACAACUACUCGGCGCGAGGGAGGAAACGGAAAAGAAAGAGCGAAAGACAAGAAGCGCCCAUCUUACUGCCGCCUCAGCCUUCGCGUAAAGAGAUGGCUGACAUCAAAAAGCACAAUCUCGGUGUCCGGUCUGAAGUGUACCGCGCUGUUCGAAGGCCGGGCAAAGAUUACACGAAACUGUUCGAAAUAUUAAAACAAUUGCAAGGUAGCGUGGACGUUAAGAAGGAAGUGAUACGUGAUGUUAUAAGUGAAUCGUUGCGGUUCAAGCGGCGGGCGCUCGCGCAGCUGCUGGAGGACUUCUUAGCGGGACUAGAGAAGAACGGUAACAGUGCCUCAGUUAGUAUGACCAUGGUCAACAAUACGUCUUACAGUACCACGAACAACCAUAGCUAGUGGGGUGUGUGAAAUCGUACGUUCGUUUGUACACACACACACUAAACUGUGUUAAGUUUUUAAUAUUAAGGACCGGUUUCACCACCUAUGUAGUUCUAACAUGCAACCCAUUACACGUGAAGACAAAAUGGCAUGUUGUCAACCAAGCAGUCAAUAUACAGGGUGCUCGGGAGUAUUUCCCAUAACUUCAAGGUGUUGACGAGCUCUUAUAGAACU